UCAGGGUGUUUGAUAAUCGGGUCGAGUGAUGUCAUAUCAUGGUAGCUUAUUUUAAAUGUGACGUACCUAUUUCCACAUUGGACACCGCACGCGAAAGUACGUUUUCGCAAAAAUAGUGUAGUUUUCUACGUGAAUUUGUGAAGUUCGGAGUUAUAAUUAGUGUUUUACAAUGGCGUAUUACGACUACAAAAUUGCCGGGCCAUCUCCUCCCCCCGCGCUGUCAGACCGGCUGCGCCUGUACCACGUGGAGAUGAACCCGUACGGACACCGCGUUAUGCUGAUCCUGGAGGCGAAGAGAGCCAAAUACGAGGUGUACCACUUGAACCCGCUCAAACUGCCCACCUGGUUCAGAGACAAGAACCCACGACUAAAGAUCCCCGUGCUGGAGAUCCCCACCGAGCACGGCGAUCGCUAUCUGUUCGAGAGCGUGAUCAUCUGCGACUACCUGGACGAGAAGUACGCCGCCAACUCGCUGCACUCGCGGGAGCCCUACGUGAAGGCGCAGGACCGCCUCAUCGUUGAGAGGUUCAAUGAGUUAAUCAAAGGCAGUCUAGAGUGCUUUGACACUAACUUCGCGUUCGGCAGCGAGCAGAUUGUACAGACGCUGGAGAUUUUGGAGAAAGAGCUGGCAUUUAGGGGUACUAACUACUUCUCCGGCUCGCGGCCCGGCAUGCUGGACUACAUGAUCUGGCCGUGGGUGGAGCGGCUCUACCUGCUGCGCUGCAUCAGCGAGAAGAAGUUCGAACAGAAAAAGGCUCUGUUCCCCAACUUUUCCGAUUGGGGAGAUCAAAUGCAACUAGACCGCGUGGUGAAGAAGCUCGCCCACUCGCCCGCUGAGUACUUCGACUACUACAAGAACGCGAGCACACACACCAUGGGAUACUACAUCUAAUUGUCAUACUUAUCACAUAGAACAUACAUUACCUUGGCCUCUAGCAUGGCACGUCAAUCCUCUUUUUAUAAACUCUUAAUAACUCUUCGAAAACUAAAAAAAAUAUGGGAAUAACAGACACGAUCGAUAAGUCAAUCCCAUACAUUUUUUAAUUUUCGAGGCGUUUGCGAUUGUAGAAAAAGAAUCGACGUGCCACAUAGCUACAGGCCUUUCUCUGUCUACUGCUAGAUGACGGAGAUGGAAAUCUACGGAUCAGCAGUGUUAUUAUGUAUCUCUAUUCAAAUAGUUACUAAGUACAUCGUAAUUUCGUUUUUACAAUUAUCUAACGGUGUGUCUUGAAACAUUUUACGUAGCAUUAAUAUAUUAGUGGUAGAAACAAGUAGGUAACGUUAUUUUAACGAAAAACAAUUAUUUGCGUAAUUUCGCUGAAUUAAUCAUGUUAAAUGAUCGUCAAAAACAAAAAAACUCACAGCCACUUGAUGUAAAUGGUGUAGUGAAGGUUAUUUCGUUGAAAUAUUCUAUGUUAGAUGAUCACAAAAACGAAAAUACAAUGAAAAACGAUAGGUAUAGUGACUUUUGAUUUGUAUAUCGAAAUACAUAAUGGCUGAUGGUGCUGCUCUAAUGGCAGAUUUGCAGACAGAAAAGAAAACCUAUUACCCAUAGACAGAAAAAUCUGACUCAUUGAUUGAAUUGACAAGCUUAAAAAAUUUUCUGUCUACGAUAUCGAUUUCCAAACUGAUCCAGGGGUCUACGGAAUACUCGGCGGGGGUCUACCUUGACUUGACAUAAAAAUGGGGGGGUCACGAUUCGUAAGCGGGGGUCCACGAAAAUUUAUCUGGUUUUAUACAGAAUGGCGAGUUUUCUAAAUAAAAUAAAUGAUUGCUUCCUUUAACUUUUUGCCUGGACAAUUUUACUUCUCCACUCACAGAACAAUUAUUAUCUAACUUAGUAUUUAACUUAGUAAUCUAUUCUCGCUAUUUUUUUUUUGAAAAUUGUUAAUUCGUGGUGGCUGUUAAUUCAGCUGCAACGAAAAUUUCCAUAAAUCUAAUCACAUUUGUUUGCCGAGUUUUGAAUAGAAAUUUAGCAGAGGGUUAACCGAAAGCAGUUAAAUUUAAAAGUGGUCUAUGAAAAAAAAGUUUGGGAACCUCUGGUCCACGCUAUUCACUUUCUCUGUCUAUGGGAUCAACCAAGUUGAUGGCAUAUUAUGUAAGUACCUAAUAAUAUAUUAUGACGCUCUUUUUUUUAAUUAAAUAGAUCUUAUCUAUAUAUGCUAAUAUAUUGUUUUCUAUGUAUUACAUAGUUUAUUAAUUUGGGUAGAGAUUAAGAAAUUAAUUUUGUACUUAAGAUUUGCCUAGUCAAGGGACUUUGUAUUAAAUAAAAAUUUAAUUUAAUGUCUGUCCAUAGUUUAAGUGGCAUGCAUUUCAUAGAUCCAAAAAUGCAUUGGCUACACUAGACUCUGCGCCACAAAAGAAGUCCCGCGGCUAAAACCUGAACUCAAAUAAUUGACGGCGCCUACAAAUGACUUAUAGACCGCAAUUACCAAAUGAAAAUGAGCAUUGAGCGCCAUUAGGACAUUAGCGCCUAUCGCCGUACAGGUUUGAUAUUUAUUAAGUACUUGAAUGAGGCGAUGUAGAUUAGUAGGUAUAUUUAUUAUUUCACUGAUUGUAACAAUUGUAUAUGGGUAUAAAAUAAAAGUAAUAUCAAAUAGAUGAAACGGUGUGGAAUCAAGAACUGGUUAAGAUGUAAUGGAUGGGCGAAACAAUAUAUCCACGCAUGCGCGGUCGAGGGAAAUCUAAAUAUGAAAUGAAUGUAGAUGGCCUAACCUGAAGUGGGCAAACGAAAGAGUUCGUUCGCCACACGCCUACAGGACUUGUUUCAUGGCGCGGAGUAUAUUGCCAUUGCUGAUUCUACACAAAAUGCAAACGAAUUAUCGGUUUGAAAAACAUUUCAGUCCCUCGUCUAAGCAGCUCAUAUAAUAGAUUCGUUAAGCAAAAGUAUUACACCUAUUAUAAUUUAAAUGAAGAUUUAGACUCAGAAAUAGGUAAUAAAAAAGGUAAAAUAAGGUAAAGCAACAGUGCCUUUUCUAAUAUAGACUAAGCAUAAUGCUAAUAUUUACAUAAUAUUAUCAUUUAUCAAAAAAGUCUUUCUUAUGGAUUUUUAUGAUUUUUAAGUAUUUUAAGAAAUAUUUUUUUUUUCAAGUAUAAUUUAGAGUAUAUAGGGCAGUUAAUUGGUGCUAGUUAUUUGUUUUGAGUAGGUGUGAUUAAGCGAAAGGAAAUGUAGGAACCAUGGAGGGUAUAAAAGGAUCUUCAUUUUAAGCAAAAAGUAAAUAUAAAGGUUACAAAUUAUCAAAAUUAUAGUGUAAAUAUUGGAAUAACUGUGUUUAAUACUUAUAGUUUUAGUACUAAUGUAUUCACAAACGCAAAAAUAACUAAACAAAUUAUGAAGACACAUGUUUUUUUAAUUUGUUUAAAAUUUAAAUGAUAGACGGCCUCCGUGGCGCAGUGGUAUGCGCGGCGGAUUUACGAGACGGAGGUCCUGGGUUCGAUCCCCGGCUGGGCCGAUUGAGGUUUUCUUAAUUGGUCCAGGUCUAGCUGGUGGGGGGCUUCGGACAUGGCUAGUUACCUAGUUAAAAACGUAUUCGGUACGAUGUCGUGUAGAAACCGAAGGGGGUGUAAAUUGUCAUCCUCCUCCUGACAAGUUAGUUCGCUUCCAUCUUAGAUUGCAUCAUCACUUAUCAUCAGGUGAGAUUGUAGUCAAGGGCUAACUUGUAGAGAAUAGAAAAAAAAAGUUUUUUUUUUAAUUUGGCGGGGGAUUUCAUUCUCUACUUUAGCCAAACUCUAACACAAUAAUUAUUAAUCAUCAUUGUUAAUAUAAAGCUAAGCGCACAUAAAAUACACGUAAUGUGUUAAUGCAUCAUGGUGCCGGACAAAAUAUAUCAUUAAUUUAAGGCUAAGAUAUAUUAAAGUGAAAUCACGGACAGCAUUUGGUAUUUUAGUAGUGUUAUUUGGAGCAUCUAUUUAUUUUAGUAAAUUUAUUAAAGUAUCUGUCAUAUUUAUAUUUAGAGUUCUUUUUUUUUAUAGAAUCUUAAAAAAUCUCACUAUUUCUGCCUUGAAAAAUGUGUAAAUUAUUUUAAUUUCGAUUUUGCUCUUCGUAAAUAGAUUAUUUAAACAUUUUAUUUACUUCAUAUUUUUUUCAUCAUCUCCUUUUCUUAUUCCACUCAUGAUGAUGAAUCGGCAAACCAUGUCUAUCUCUUCCAUUCUCUAUCAUAUCCUCUAUCAUACAUUCACUCCAUCUCUUAUAAAGCCUUCCUCUCCUCUUGUGGUCUUCUAACCAAAUAGGUCCAUAAUUUUCUUAUUUCAUUGAUGUAAAUCACUUGGCAGAAGGCCUAGUUCGGACUAUUUCAGUAUUUUAUUUUUUGAUUUACUGCCCAAAAAUUGUUCGUACUCGACUAAAAUACUAAAGUAGUAACUACGCCGUCUAUAUAUUUUUUUUUGUGCAAGACGCGACUGUCGCAUUUAUUUGUAAGAUAUAAUUUUUUUUUAAUGUAUUAUUGCAACAAUUAUUGUGAAGCUUUUAGUAAAUAUUUAGUUGUCUAUUAUUAAUAAUAAUUAAUUAUUAUUACGUUUAAAGUGGAACUCGUUGUCUUCGCAAAGCUUUUUUAUGAUUUAUUUUUGCAAUUUACUUGAUCAAUACUGCGCCAAUUUUUGUUAUAUUUUCCGUUGUACUUUUUUAUUUUUAUUUAAGAUGUAAAACAUUUGAUUAACUAUAAAAUAUGGCAUUUAAAUAAUUUUCAUUAUAAUUAAGUAAUCUUACUCAAGAUUACAUAUUAAUAUGAUUAACUAUGCAUCAUGUUGGAAUAAAAAGAACUAUUUCUUUUAGUUAUAUAAAAAAAGUUGCGCAAAAAGGUUCGUCGGAUGUUCCGAUAGUUUUUUUCUUGGUUAUCUUACUGUUACUAUCGCGUUAGCGUAAACGCGAAUUUCUAAGGAAUUGAAACAGCGCCAUAUAGUGGCACUACUUCACAACUGUUUCUAUUCCAUAUAUAUUUGCGUUUACGUCAACGCGAUAGUAACAGUAUGAAAAUAUUGAAAACUCCCACUAGGCACACUGUUGUCGGUGAUUAGUUUUUUUUAUAAUAUAAGUUUCAAAUAUAGGUUAUGUAUAGGUAAUAACUAUAAAAGGCCUUAAUAAACAUGUACCUAUAGAGAACUCAGACCAAUUAUUGGUCUGAGAUAUAGAAAGAUACUGUUUUAGUCUACUGCGAUCUUAUUUUUAAUUUGACUAUUAAAACAACUUUUAGUUGUAAGAAGAUAUGCAUUUUGUAAAAGAUGUUUCCAAUAAGCCAUAAGUAUACAAACUGGUUGACUAAUCGAUAUUAUAUUUAUACAUAUAGUCGGAUACUAUCAUGCUAACUUUAGAAGGUUUUGACGGCCUCCACGGCGCAGUGGUAUGCGCGUAUGUAUAUACAUGACGGAGGUCCUCGGUUCGACCCCCGGCUGGGCCGAUUGAGGUUUUCUCAACUGGUACAGGUCUGGCUAGUGGUAAUUCCUAUUAAUUUUUUUAGUUUCCGAAACGUGAGCGUUUGUAGAAACAGUAGAAAGAGAAUCGAUGUAUAACAUGGCUAGAGACCUUUGUAAAUCGGCCAUCUUGUAUUUGUAUCAGACAAAUACAAGAUGGCCGAUUGUAUCAGACCUUAAAACCAUUUUUCUGUGAUUAUUUUGUGUUAAUAUUUUUUUUACAAUAAUUAUUUAGAAACUGAAGAAAUUUUACUAUUUUAGUUGUUUAUAUAAAGUAUAUUACUUA